AGGCAAUAAUAUGACCCUAAGAUGAAGUCACAAACAUUGCAACUGUAGUCGACUCCCACACGUCAGGCAGGGCAACACAGACAAAGCAUUAUGCCCAGUGAGUACCAGCUGGUACCAUCGUCUCCUCUCCUCGUCCUCUCUACGGACUUCAUUUGUUGUGUCGUCUUGAAAACCAGGACAUGGAACUAUAUAAUUAUAAAGGAAAACAGCAAACUGCAAAUAUCCUUCUGGGUUGUCUGGUGUUGUUUUUACUUUCUAUACUUUGUCCAGCUGAGAAACUCUGUACAGUUUCUCCUGACCCUGUGUCUAUAAAAGAGAACAGCACUGUGGACAUUCUAGUAGCCAGGAUCAACUGUAGUGUUGAUGUUCAGCUGACCAUCACAGAGAACCCUGCGGAGGCUUUCUACCUGCGGGGGACGGACCUCAUCGCCAAGAGAGGACUGGACUUUGAGUCCCUGCCCAGUGUGGAUGAUGCUCUGUGGGUCCGGGUGCGCUGCAACAGAACUGGCUCCAGAUCAGUGAACGUGUCUGUUGAAGUUUUCAUUGAAAAUGUGAAUGAUAAUCCUCCAAACUUCGCUCAGAGUCAUUACGUUCUCCAGGUGAACGAGCUGACUCCUGUGAACACCAGUGUUGGUCGGAUAGAGGCCACAGACAUUGAUUCUGAGCCACUGUACUAUCGUUUAGAGUCAGCCACGAACAGGUAUCUACGACUGGAGAACGCCAACACCCCCAACAUACUGGUGCACAACAUCAUCGACUACGACUCCGUCCAAAAGAUCUCCCUUGUCUUACAUGUACAGGACACGUAUAACGUUUCUGAGUCUGGCGAGCCUUCGUUCACUGCCGUGGUGACCAUCACGGUUAACGUGAAGGACAUUGACAACCGUCCACCGUGGUUCCAGCCCUGUGUCAGAACCAACCUGGGGAUAGCCAAACUGUGUGUCAGCUCCGGCUACAGGGCAAAGGUCAACCUCACAGAGAAAGAGGAUGGUGCUUUAUCUCUGGAGCCUGGUCCGUUAUACGCCAAGGAUGGAGACAGAAACAGGAGUGAGCUGAUCAGCUACAGGAUACUUAGAGGGAAUGAAGGCAGCAUCUUCCAGAUCGAUGAGGAGACGGGGAACAUCUCCAUGGCCAAAGCCGCAGACAUUGCAGGCCCAAUAACCCUCACUGUCCUGGCCUCCCAGGUCACCAACAGGGACCAGUUUGCGGUGACUCAGGUCACCAUCGAGGUGCUGAAGAAGAGCAGGAACCCUCCGCGGUUUGAGAAGGAGCGUUAUGAAGGAUAUAUCUACAGUAACUCAGUCCCAGAGACCAUGAUCCUACGAGACAGAACCUCCAACAGACCCUUCAGGGUCAGGGCUAGAGACGAGGACUUUGCCACCGGUGUAAACCCAGACAUGAGAUACGAGGUGCAGUACAGCAGUUAUGUCAACGUGACAACCGAAGGGUUUGUUCUUCUGAAGAGGAUAGUGAAGACAGAGUCCUUCGCUCUGCAGAUUCGUGCUAUGGACCUGUCUACAGGGGAGUUUGGUACAGCGGCCCUCUCUGUCCUGGUUAUACCAGCUGUGGCGGUUCCCUUGCCCUCUGGGGCAGGGUACCGGGCGGGGGACAUGGCUCUGCUAGGAUUGGUCAUGGCAGCCAUCUUGGUUCUCUGCUUCAUCGUGAUUGGCUUCCUGAUCUCCCGCCUGAUGAAAGAAGGCACCAACCUGGACAACAUAACUGAGUGUUUGGCUCCGUGUCUGAAGAUGGCGAGACCCCAUGGGAGACCCAAGGACACCCUGCAGUACACCAACGAUGGCUACCAGGGUACCGAGGGUGAUGCCCUGCGCGGCGGACCCAGACGUCCAGAGCCGGUAGACAAGAGGGGCCGAGGUGCUACUGUCCCUGGGGACAGAGGCAGGGCCAUCCCCCUGGAGCGACGCCGGAGCGACCGCCACUGUGGCUUCUGCGGCCUGUACGCCAACCACAACCACCAUGCCAAGCCCAGCCCGGCCAGCAGCCCUGCUAGGGGAGGGGGGAGAGGAGGAGGAGACAAGGACGGGAUGAGGUCCAUCCUCGCCAAGGGGGGAAGGAAGGAAGGAGGGAAGUCAGUGUGGUUUAAGGAGAACGAGGAUGCUUCUGGGAUCGAGGUGGAGAUCAUCCCGGAUACUCUGGGUCAGGAGGAGGAGACUGAGGAGGUGGUGUUGGACAUGGAGGAGAUGGAGGGGGGAGACAGGAGCAUGGCUAGCCAGACAGAGAUCGAUGGUGGGCAUGGGGACCAGGAGAGCCAUGGAGAGUCUGAUUCAGCCGCUAAAGAGGAAAAAGAGAAGGAGGGUUGAGAGGAGACGAUAUCUGGGUUAUAUUAAAUAGGGAGAGGAUAUAUCUGGGUUAUAUUCUAUAGGCAGGAGGAUAUCUGGGUUAUAGUCUAUAGGGAGAGGAUAUCUGGGUUAUAUUAAACAGGGAGAGGAUAUCUGGGUUAUAUUAAAUAGGGAGAGAAUAUCUGGGUUAUAGUCUAUAGGGAGAGGAUAUCUGGGUUAUAGUCUAUAGGCAGGAGGAUAUCUGGGUUAUAGUCUAUAGGCAGGAGGAUAUCUGGGUUAUAUUCUAUAGGCAGGAGGAUAUCUGGGUUAUAGUCUAUAGGGAGAGGAUAUCUGGGUUAUAUUCUAAAGGCAGGAGGAUAUCUGGGUUAUAGUCUAUAGGAAGAGGCUAUCUGGGUUAUAUUCUAUAGGCAGGAGGAUAUCUGGGUUAUAUUAAAUAGGGAGAGGAUAUCUGGGUUAUAUUAAAUAGGGAGAGGAUAUCUGGGUUAUAUUCAAUAGGGAGAGGAUAUCUGGGUUAUAGUCCAUAGGCAGGAGGAUAUCUGGGUUAUAGUCUAUAGGCAGGAGGAUAUCUAGGUUAUAUUAAAUAGGGAGAGGAUAUCUGGGUUAUAUUACAUAUGGAGAGGAUAUCUGGGUUAUAGUCUAUAGGGAGAGGAUAUCUGGGUUAUAUUCUAUAGGGAGAGGAUAUCUGGGUUAUAGUCUAUAGGGAGAGGAUAUCUGGGUUAUAUUCUAUAGGGAGAGGAUAUCUGGGUGAUAUUAAAUAGGGAGAGGAUAUCUGGGUUAUAUUCUAUAGGCACGAGGAUAUCUGGGUUAUAGUCUAUAGGCAGGAGGAUAUCUAGGUUAUAUUAAACAGGGAGAGGAUAUCUGGGUUAUAUUAAAUAGGGAGAGGAUAUCUGGGUUAUAGUCUAUAGGGAGAGGAUAUCUGGGUUAUAGUCUAUAGGCAGGAGGAUAUCUGGGUUAUAUUAAACAGGGAGAGGAUAUCUGGGUUAUAGUCUAUAGGGAGGAGGAUAUCUGGGUUAUAUUAAAUAGGGAGAGGAUAUCUGGGUUAUAGUCUAUAGGGAGAGGAUAUCUGGGUUAUAUUAAAUAGGGAGAGGAUAUCUGGGUUAUAGUCUAUAGGGAGAGGAUAUCUGGGUUAUAGUGUAUAGGGAGAGGAUAUCUGGGUUAGAAUAAAUAGGGAGAGGAUAUGUGUUAAAGGCACAAAACAGAAGAAAACAGUAAAACAGGGAGGUAUCUGAAGAUGUCCAGUACGAACGGACCACUCUAAAGAACAUACCCCAGCCGGGAAGAGAAGUGGAGUUUCCAUCAUCAUGGGAAAACCUGAUUCCAGAGUGGUAUUCUGGAAUAUUUACAUUAGUUCACACAGAUUGGAGGGAAUUACCCUUUUUGGAUAAGUGUGUGUCUACAUUAUGUGGCUUCCAUCACACUAUGGUGAGUUAUUCAAUAUAUAAAGACAAUUUCCAUGAAGAACUACAAGGGCAUCAAGUUGGACACAAUACUUUUUAACUUGGUAUCUUUUAAUGAUCGUUCUGAGAGCGAAUCCAUCAAGUCCUUGGGAAAGAUUUGAGUAUUACUAAUGAGGAAAAAAAAUACUUUGAAAAUGUGGACAUUUACCACUGAAAAAAAGGUUUGUAAGGAGAACACGUCUACUGAAUACUAAACAAAUUGAGGACAUAUUGUAUUGCAUUUUUAUUUAUGUUGGAAGAAAAAAGUAUGAAAUGUAAUAACCUUAUUACAGUAUGUAAAGUAUGUGGAUACAAAUUCUGACAUUUUAUACUAUUUAUGAGUUAUUAAGCAGGCUUGUGGUCAAUUCAGGAAGUACACAUUCCAAUUCUCUUCGAUGCCUUUUAAAACGGGAACAUUUCUAAUUAGAAUUUGGUUUACUCUAUGAAUUGACUGGACCCCAACCCUGGUUAUUACAGAGAUUUGAUGAAAUAAUAAAGUUUGAUUGAAGUGACUGAUGUGGGAAAAUGUACAAGGUUCAAUUUUGAAAUGUGGUUGUGCUUGAGCAGUUUUUCCUCUUGUUAUGUCAUUCACAGGCAGAUCUUAUAGAGCUGUUUAUAACCUGUCUGAAAUGUCCAGUUGAUCAACUACUGGUCAUGUUAGCGAGAUAGCUGGUUAGCCUAACUUACCCAUCUAAAAUCUUGUAGUCAUCCAGAUCACAUGACCA